GGGCUGAAAUAGAUGGACAAAAUCGAAAUGCGGUAAACAAAUCGGCUUAAAGCUUGUCAAAAUGCGAUUGGAUGAAAAAUGAAUGAAGAAAUAAGUCUUGGAAUAAAUAUUUAUAGCAGUUUCAAAAUAAAACUGAUAUUUAAUACUUCAAGAUUUAAUUUUUUAACGUUUAAUUAAAUAGAAUUUAUAAAUAGUGAUCAAAACAUGUCUAUACUUUUAGUGGGAUCAGCGAUAUUAUCGUGUUGUUCAAAUGUUGUUUUUUUAGAAGUUUUUAUAAGAGAUGUUCCUGGAAGUGGAAAUCUUAUCACAUUCUUUCAGUUUCUAUUUAUAGCAUGUGAAGGAUUUAUUUUCACAACUAAUUUUGGAAGAGUGAAACCUGUUGUGCCUCUUAAGAACUAUCUUGUCUUAGUCAUCAUGUUUUUUGCAACUAGUGUGUUAAAUAAUUGGGCUCUGAAUUUUGAUAUAUCAAUGCCUCUACACAUGAUUUUUAAAUCUGGUUCAUUAGUGACAAGUAUGCUUUUAGGAAUGCUAAUUCUUAAAAAAAGGUACACAUUUUCUAAAUAUGUAUCUGUACUUAUGGUUUCUGUUGGUAUUUUCAUAGCUACAUGGGCAUCACAAAGUAUAAAUAACAAAAUGCAGAAUACUAAAAGGGAGAAUAUGUUUUCGGAAAAUCAGUCUUUAAUUGGUAUUUCUUUGCUGACACUUGCACUUCUUAUAUCAGCUGGUUUAGGUAUUUACCAAGAACGUAUUUUUAAAAAAUAUGGAAAACAUCCAAAAGAGGCUCUGUUCUACUCACAUGCUUUACCUCUUCCUGGGUUUUUAUUAUUUAAAGAUAUUUAUUCUUUGCUGCCAUCACUUUCAAAAUCAGAAGUUAUUUACAUUAUUCCUCCGAUUGGCCUUCCCAAACUUUGGUUGUGUCUACUUGGUAAUGUUAUUACUCAAUACAUCUGUGUUCGAACAGUAUUUACGAUUGCUGCAAGAUUUUCAUCGCUUGAUGUUACUAUGAUUAUAACGUGUCGAAAAUUCAUAUCUUUACUUUUUUCCAUAUUUUAUUUUCAAAAUCCAUUUACUGCUCUGCAUUGGUUUGGUACAUUUCUAGUAUUUGCUGGCUCUCUACUGUUUGCUGAUGUUAUUAAUCUGAGAAGAAAAGAAAAAAUUAAUUGAAAAUUUAUUUCAAGAUUUGAUGGUUGUUGAGACAUUUGCAUUUUGUUGUAGAUUUUUUUUGGAAAUUUAUACUUUAUUUAUUUUAUACAUUUAUACUCUUUGAAAUAAAUUAUUUUAAAUACAAAGUAACUUCAUUUAUUUCUUUUAAAAUUUAGAUUUGUGGCUUAAUGUAAGGACAACCUUUAUUAAAGUUAAAAGGUUGUUUCAUUCGUCAUAAAAUAGGACAGAAAAAUCAAAAAUACUUUUUGUAAUGCCUUAACAAAAUUAAAUAUCUAUUUAUAUUUUUGAA